AUGUGCCCAAUGCUCCUAAGCGGUCUCGCGGAUGGACCUGCCAUGGUCCUCUCCCCUCGCCAGGAACACACAUUUGUUCAAUUCCCGCGCCAGUCGCAGUUCGACUCGCCGUCGGCCGCUUCUCGCAAUUCCUUCUUCAUGAAUGGCAUGCACUCUCAUGCUUCGUCAUUCGCCAGCAAUGCUUUUACUGGGAGGCUGGCCAAUUCUGCUCCUAGCUCUGGAAAACCUUCUCGCAAGAGGUCUCGAGAAGAACCCGAGUUUGAAGAAGUGCGCAAUUCGUUCAGCUCCCCAGUUGUGCCGGCUGCUGCCCCUGCGCCAAAGAAGGCGCCCGUCUACGCAGAGGGCAUGACCACUCUGAACUCUUGUACCGGCAUCCCCCUGUCGGUAGAAAACCAAACAGGCUUUCAAAGCCGCAAAGCCCAGCGUCUAACCCCAUCCACCUCUCGCGUCGAAGACACCACACUCCAAAGACUCAACGAAACCAACGACGACAAUAGCCGACUCCUCAGCAACGGGACUCGCACGAGUCCCUUCACCCCAAAUGAUGUCUUGGUCGACGACGCGACCCACCUCCUUGGGGUCAGCUGGCAACGCAUCUCUACCAAUGACGUCGACAUCGCGGCCGCCGUCCGCGGCUGGAAGAGAUAUAUCGACAAGCAGUUCGCGGCAUACCUGUUCGAUUCGCAAAUUCUCAUGAAGAAUCGUGCCCUCAACGCGUAUCUCGUGACAGCGCGGCCUCUCACUCCUGCAGGGCCCUCAAACGCCCCGGCUUUCUAUCUUUUCAGCGAAGAUCUCACCCAGGGUCAGCUCGUGGCCUCCUCCUGGGAACAAUGCGUGCACAAUCUUCGCUCCACCCCCGUGGUCUUUGAGCAGAACCAAGUCCUCAACGCCGCGGACAGACCUCUCAAUAACACCAACAACACGAGCGUACUAGGAUCGACCUCAAUGACGGAACCUGGUCUCCCCCUCUUACAAACAAUGUGCGCCCAGCCCGUCAGUAGUGACGCGUGCGCGGGAUUGAACAACGGUGUAGGAAUGGCGAUGGGGAUGGAAAUCGACCCGUAA